AUGGAUAAAAAUGUGAAAAUAUCCCACAGUUCCUUAUUAGGGGAAGAUACAAUAUUUAUUUCUUGUCUCCUGGGAAGAGGCUCUUCUAUCUAUUGUCCUCCCAUCUCUCUCACUGCUGAUGCUUAAUUUUCAAAACUUCUAUAUUGCCAAGGGACCUACGACAUCAGCCAAAGAAUUACCCAGCAAGUACAAAAUCUGAUCCAGGGAGCUACUUGUGAGCAGAGGGGAGAGUUUUUCCUACAGGUUUCCAAGGAGAGUGGGAGAGAGAAGGUUUGACUCUGUCAGUGCAAGCCUUUGGCUUUUUUUUUUUUUUAAUUUGGAAAAAUACACAUUUGGACCUACAAGAGGGGACCUUGCCUAUAGGAAAAGUUGCUUUCUUUAUAUAAAAAGAAGAAAAAUGUCUACUUCAUUCCCAGGACUUGUCCACGAUUCAGAGAUACGUCAUGACGGAUCAAACAGUUACCGUUUGAUGCAACUUGGAUGUCUUGAGUCUGUAGCCAACUCCACUGUCGCCUAUUCCUCCACGUCUCCUCUGACUUAUUCCACCACUGGCACCGACUUUACUUCGCCGUAUUUCUCGGCUAACCACCAGUACACCCCUUUGCACCACCAGUCCUUCCACUACGAGUUCCAGCACAGCCACCCGGCCGUCAACCCAGACGCCUAUUCACUAAACUCCCUGCACCAUUCACAGCAAUAUUACCAGCAGAUCCACCAUGGGGAGCCCACAGACUUCAUCAACUUGCACAAUGCCCGGGCACUCAAGUCUUCUUGCCUGGACGAUCAGAGGAGGGACUUUGGCUGUCUAGAUGCGUAUAGGCGCCAUGACCUGUCUCUCAUGAGCCAUGGAUCCCAAUAUGGCAUGCACCCAGAUCAAAGGCUUUUGCAAGGCUCUAGUCUGGGACUUGCCGGGGCUGGAGGGGAAGACUUCCAGGGAUCAGUGGAGGCGCAGUGUGGAUUGGUACUAAACAGCCAAGGAGGUGUGAUAAGAAGAGGUGGUGCCUGUGUAGUAAAUCCCACAGAUCUCUUCUGUUCUGUUCCUGGUCGGCUGUCUUUACUAAGUUCCACAUCUAAAUACAAGGUCACUAUAGCGGAGGUGAAAAGGCGGUUGUCUCCACCAGAAUGCCUCAAUGCGUCUCUGCUGGGAGGAAUAUUACGAAGGGCAAAGUCCAAAAACGGUGGUCGCUGUUUGAGAGAGAAGCUGGACAGGCUGGGUCUUAAUUUACCUGCUGGCAGAAGGAAAGCUGCCAAUGUAACCCUGCUGACAUCCUUGGUAGAAGGAGAGGCAUUGCAUUUGGCCAGAGAUUUCGGGUAUACUUGUGAAACAGAGUUUCCAGCAAAGGCAGUAGGAGAACACUUGGCAAGACAGCACAUGGAACAGAAAGAGCAAACAGCAAGGAAAAAGAUGAUACUUGCCACAAAGCAAAUUUGCAAAGAAUUUCAAGAUCUUCUAAGUCAAGACAGAUCGCCUUUGGGCUCCUCUAGACCCACUCCAAUCCUAGACCUUGACAUUCAGAGACACUUAACGCAUUUUAGUUUGAUUACCCAUGGUUUUGGAACCCCAGCAAUAUGCGCAGCUCUUAGCACUUUCCAAACAGUCUUAAGCGAAAUGCUAAAUUAUUUGGAAAAACACACGACAAACAAAUCCGGGGGAGUUACAGAAGGCAGUCAAGGAAACGGAAACUCGGAAAAAGGACCCUUGCGAAAAUCUUCUGAUGUUGUGGUCAAAGAUGCCAAAACUGAAAAGACUGAUUAGCCUGCCCAAUUAUAUCCAGAGUUUUUUUGCUGCUGAUUAUUUUUUUCUUUUAUAUAUACAUAUAAAUAUAUCUUUAGUUUAAACUAUACAAGGGACCAAAUCACUUAUUCUUGAACUGUAAAGUUAUUUGACAAAACUUUUUUCACAUUUUUAGUUUGUUUUUAAAUUCUGAAAAAAAAAAUGAAUAUAUAUAAUGAUGCAAACGAUGUUCAUACGUCCAACAGGUCUCACUGCGGAUGUAACUUUCAGAUUUUUUUGGUCAAGAUUUACUUUUUUUUCACUUGUUUUUAUUCAACGUUAUCUGAUUUUGGUAUGCAGAAAAAGCACCAUAUGGAGAAAAUAAAAAAAACUUACAGAGGAGAAUAAAGCUGAAAGCAAUCAAAUUUACUAUGUUUUAUGUUCAUCGUAUUGUGUUAAAAAAAAAUGUUUUGAUUUAGUUGUAAAAAAAUUGCAUGUCACAAAAAGCCUCCACUGAAUUAGAAAAAAAAAAAUGUCUUAAUUCAUAAAUUUAUAAGUAAAUGUGUUUUUUUAAUUAAA